UCAUAUUUGCUGGUGAAAUAUCAAAUUUGUAGUGAAUUAGUGAAUUCAGAUUUACAGCUUAUUGCGACUGUUACCGAGUGUUUUCAUUGUUCUUAGUAAUAUUCAUUAUUAAAAUAAAUUUGUCACUCACAAGGGUCAACCAGUGAAAUAAAUUAUGGUUAAAAAAAGGAAAAGUGUACUGAAGUCUUCAACACAAGUUGUUGACUCACCAAUGAAAGAACCAAGGAUUAUAAGAGGUAAUCAUUUAGAAAAGGCUCGUAACAGUUUAAAUGAAGCUCUUGAUAUUAUUGCAAAGAAAGAGCAUAAGAAAUCCGAUGAUGUGACAGAUAAUGAUGUUUUAAUUGUCGAAGAAAAUGAUACAAAUAAACGAGUAAAGAAAAAUGAAUCCAAACAGGAAGUUAAAGAUUCAUUGGUAUUAAAAUUACGAGAUCGCAGUAUUGAUUUAGCUUCUUUUACCAAUAAUUCAGCUAUGUACUCUAUAUGUCGAGCUUGGAUAAAAAAUGAUCCAUUAUCAGCAAGACAAGUAAAAAGUAAGAAAUCAGAAAAUUUGGAACGUUCAAUUAAAAGUGAUAAUGAAUCAUCUACAAUCGAAGAUUAUGUCUAUAAAUUACCACCACCUAAAAGUAGACCUGAAGAUGAGACAGAUAUAAUUCACAGAGUACCUAUGAAUUUACCAAAGGAUGUAAUAUCCACCUUAGAUAUUAAAACUAAUAUCGAAGAAGUUCCUAACGUUAGUGAAUUACUUAAUGAGCACAGGAAAAGAUGGGUUUGUAUACGACAGCAAUGGAUUAAAUUCAGUAAUGAAAAUGAAGCCCGCUACUCUAUGUCAAAAAACAUUUUGAAUUCAAUGUUAAACAAAGAUAAUAAUGUUUAGUACCAUCAAUAUACCAGCCUAAAGAAGCAUAAUAUUUUUUAUCAAUUUUAAGUUUAGUUAAAUAUCAUGUUUAUGUUGUAUAAUGUCCUUAUAAAAUUAAUUUUAUUAUGUAUUGGAAUUUUAACUUUGUUUAUUCUCUUUAUAAAUUUAAAUUGAAAGUAUUGUCUAGUAACAAUUUUAUUUUAGUAUGAUUCUUAACAGUUAUUAUUGUAACAUAAUGAAAAAUUAUUAUUUAUCAACCAUAAUAUUAUGGAUGUAAAAAAUAAUUAUAAUAAACAAUUUUGUAAUAAAAUUUGCAUAUAUUUCAAACAUAGUAAAAAAUACAUAUAUUUUAACCUUUAA